AAUUCCCAGCGAUUUCAAUUCAGGGUUUCGAAGUUUCGUUUUGCUUUCAAACGCACGUGAUACGUUUUCGCGGAAUUUUCGAAAGUCCCGUUAGUAAUAUACGACGUUGUAGGUGACACUUCCGAUCGUCCCGUGUUUUCAUUGGCCGCCUACUUUCAACACUCGUUCAACUUCAUUGGCCAACCAUACACUUCAAUCACAGCAAUCGGUAUCCGUCCCUUUAGUAUAAAUAUUGCACCUCCUUGUUGUCAGUAUGAGCAUUAGUCCUUCUGUACUCUCACACCAUGUCCUCAUCCUGUUCCAUUCAGAUUGCGGCUGAUGGCAGAACAUCUGCAGAAGAACUCCCCCUUCCAGAAGCCCUUUGUCCUACGUCCCUCGUAAUGAGGGUGUUGUGUUUUUUGGCACUGGGACGCCCAAAUCUUGAUGAUCAUUGGAAGUCGCUCCAAUCAGAGCAAGCCUUCGAAACCGUUAGGACCAGGUUGUGCUCCAUCCUGGCCAGCACCAUCACCACGGCAAGCGUCCUCCUCGCCAUAAGCGGUGUCUUCGUCAGUACGGCCUCCCCCGUGUUAUACUUCGACUAUACGUCGCCCGUUUCCUACUGUCUCCUCUUUAUAUCCCUUAUGUUCGCCGUGCUCGCUAUGUUGACGUCUGGCUCGAGUAUGAUACGUUGGCUGCACACCGAUCGCCACUGGACUCGAGAACAACUCAGGCCGGGCGGCUACUUUGUCUUGUCCUACCUGUUGUCGAUAGUCACGCCUAUAUUCUUCGUUCUCUCGUCCCUGAAUUGUUUCAUAUUCGCGAUGUUGAUAGCAGGUUUUUCUUCUCAUAGCAUGAUCUGCCGCGCCGUCGCUGCGCUCUGGAUGGUCACAUACUGUCGUCAACGUUGGGACGAUAUUGAUUGGAAGCUAUGUGGAAGUAUGCGACAAGCCUCAAUCACGCUGGACAUCGCCAGUAGUUCCCACUUACCUCCUUUCACCCACAGUUUGUACUAGUUAUGCUGUAUACGACGUCCCUGAUAUGACACAAAUGUGCUUCGAGUAUAUGUAUGCAGUCUGUAGUUUUCAAUUAUGCAAACCAAAUUUUCAA